UUUAACCAGUUUAACGUAUGAACAAGCGAACCGGCUCGGUCUACAGCUGCCAAUAUCAGCGCCGGCAGCCUCGGUUAAUUCAUUUUGUCUCUGCGCAUUUUGGCGCCAACCAGUAUAAAACACGCCGCCAUUCUCGCGCAUUGAAACUCACUCAAUUUCAACUGCGCAACCAAAAAUCAAAUCGUUUUUUUCAGCAGAAAUGAUCAAAGCGCGAAUUGCAUUCGGUCUUAGUUUUCCCACCGAUUCUCCGCUCCAGAGUCCGCCCUCGCCCUCGCCCUCGCCGAUUGGCCGGCCGUCACUGCGGUUCUCGCGGGCGGAAGCAUCUCCUCACCGAUUCAGAAGAAUUCAAAUCGCAUUUCGCGCGGAGAAGUCGUUUAGUUCUUCGCCGCACAAGGAUGAUUUCUCGCACGCUCAAGUCGUAGUACCACCAGGUGAUAAAUCAGUCAGUGCUGCUACGCUGGUUGGCGUGGCUACUCUUGUGAGCAAGAUUUUGGGAUUGCUUAGAGAGGUCAUAAUGGCUUCAGUUUUUGGUGUUGGCCCUGUCGCCACUGCUUUCAAGUAUGCCUGGGUUUUGCCUGGUUUCUCAUCAUCGCUUCUCGGUGGUGUAAAUGGCCCUAUACAUAUUAUCAUGUCUACUACUUUAAGUAAACUGCCAGAGGAGCGAGGAAAGAAGCUAUUUCAGCAUCUGACCACCAUUAUGUUUCUGGUAGGAGGUGCUGUGGGUGCUUUUGUUUAUAUCUUCCCAGAUUUCGUAGUUCAAAUUUAUGCACCAGGUUUGUGGGUAUUGGCUGAAGGCCAAAUCAUAAGGGAGAUAGCUAUCAAGCAGCUUAAAAUGAUGACGCCAUGCAUAGUCCUUGCAGGUCCUGUUGGACUUGGCUUUGGAUACAUGAGUGCACAAGGAAAUGAUGUUCUCCCUUGCAUUAGCCCCGCUUUGUCCAGCUCACUCGUGAUUGCUAGUUGUCUUGUUUGUGCUCUUACCAGCAGAUUGAAUGGCUAUUCUGCUGGUGCAAGCCUUCUUUCAUAUGCAGUUUCCAUUGGAUUAUUUCUCCAGUGGAUCAUCCAGGUGAUUGUUCUGAGAAGAAGAUGGUCUGACAUUACUCCAUAUGCAUUAAUUACCAUCUUCAAAAGUGUGGAUGUUUAUCAGUUCUUCUCAUUGUUACUCCCAGCAACUGUAAGUUCAGGCUUGGCCCAAAUUGCAUCAUUUACUGAUCUUUUUUUCGCAUCUCUUAUUCCGGGUGCUGCAGCCGGUCUCUCAUAUGCCUAUCUUUUGGUCAUAGCACCACUGGGUGCUCUUUCAAGUAUCAUUGUACUACCUCUUGUGCCUAAGUUUUCCAAACUAGUGAAGACGUCAUCAUGGGAAAGCUUAGCAAACGAUCUAGAAAGAGCUCUGCUGCUUUGCAUGGUGCUUCUCUUGCCCAUUUUUUCAGUUAUGCGUAGCUUGGUUGAGCCAAUCAUCCAUAUCUUGUUUGAACGUUGUGCAUUUGAUUCUUCAGCUAGUGCUCUAGUAUCCACUCUCUUCCUGGCUUAUUCUCUUGGUACACCUUUAUUCAUCGCUAAAGACUUGCUGGUGGCAGUUUUCUAUGCCCUUGGAGAUGGAAAGCGGCCUUUUCUAGUCAGCGCAGGUGCUGUUGCUUUGAAUGCCGUUCUGGAUUGGCUUUCAGUUUCUAGAUUCAAUCUUGGUGCAAAGGGACUGGCACUGUCAACAUCCUUUACAGCUGCUCUAUCCGUUUUAAUCUUGUUUCAUCUCCUUAAGGGGAAGCUCUCCGGACUUUCAAGUUAUGCUGCAAUGAUUUAUCCUACUACACUGCUACUGAUUUGCUGCAUCACAUCAAACAUAACCACCUCUGUUGCCUACAGCCUUAUGCACGUGUCAGUUGCUUCCACCUUACUUUCAAGGUACAAUCUGAUGAUGGAGCUAUUCACUCUAUCGAUGGCUGGUGCUUUUGGACUUAUUGGCUUCUUCGUUCCCGCUGUACUCCUACACCUGUGUGGAUUUGAGCUGGCACGAGAUUUGUAUAGAAUGGUGAUUAUGCCGCAAUCUCUCACACCAAUGACAAAGUCAUUCUGAUUCAGAGGAGACACAGGCAUAUUUGGGAUGGGAUAACCUCAGAGGCUCUGAGCUACUGCUUGUGCUAAGUUGUAUCUAUUGAGUUAGAGGAUGGACUCAAUCUCCGCGUUCUUUUUGAGGACAUGUCUUCUGUCUUUGCAGGCAGAAACAUUAAUGGAGUUGGAAACUCACCCUUUACACAGCCAAUGCUGGUUAAUAACUGUAAUCAAAAUGUAACCUUUUUUUGAAAGUGAGAUAGUAUAAACAUUUUGUUGGACAAAGAAGAUAAAUCUGAGCAAUAAUUUGGCACA